AGAGCGCACCGGGCGGGCCGGGCGGGAGGCCAUGGCGGGCGCCGAGGACGAGCCAGGCCCGCGGCCGGAGCUCGACGAGGAGGAGGCGGCGUCGGGCCGGCGCUGGGGCGCGCAGCACGCCGGGGCCCGCGAGCUGGCCGCGCUCUACUCGCCAGGCAAGCGGCUCCAGGAGUGGUGCUGCGUGGUCCUGUGCUUCGGCCUCAUCGCCCACAACUUGGUCCACCUGCUGCUGCUGGCCCGCUGGGAGCACAUGCCCCUGGUCAUCGUGGGCGUCGUGGCCGGCGCGCUCGUGGCUGACUUCCUGUCCGGCCUGGUGCACUGGGGCGCCGACACGUGGGGCUCCGUGGAGCUGCCCGUCGUGGGGAAGGCGUUCAUCCGGCCCUUCCGGGAGCACCACAUCGACCCCACCGCCAUCACGAGGCACGACUUCAUCGAGACCAACGGUGACAACUGCCUGGUGACCCUGCUGCCGCUGCUCAACAUGACCUACAAGUUCCGCACGCUGAGCCGGGGAGCCCUGGAGCAGCUGUACCCCUGGGAGUGCUUCGUGUUCUGCCUGAUCAUCUUCGGCACCUUCACCAACCAGAUCCACAAGUGGUCGCACACGUACUUCGGGCUGCCGUGCUGGGUGGUGGCCCUGCAGGACUGGCACGUCAUCCUGCCGCGCCGCCACCACCGCAUCCACCACGUGUCGCCCCACGAGACCUACUUCUGCAUCACCACAGGCUGGCUGAACUACCCGCUGGAGAAGCUGGGCUUCUGGCGGCGCCUGGAGGGGCUCAUCCAGGCCCUGACGGGCGAGAGGCCGCGGGCGGACGACAUGAAGUGGGCCCAGAAGAUCAAGUGACUGCGCGAGCCGCCGCGGUCGCCAGCCUCUCCCCGCCUUGAACGGAAGCCAUGCGCCCAGCCCCGCCGACGGGACGGGGCCCGGCUCCCCCCGCCGCCCUCGUGACAGAAUACUUGAGCCACUGACUCUCCCUUUCUUCUUUCCUCUUCUUUCCUGGGCGCUGUCCAAGCGCCCGGGCUGCAGGCCCAGAGCCCUAGGCUGCGGGAAGGGAGCCCGGCCAGCGGCCAUGCCGCCCCGCCCUGCCCCGCCCUGGGCCG